AUGGCAACUAAGUGUCAAUGGUUUAAUUGCAGUAAUGAUGCUGAAGGCUUCUGUAGGUGCAUACCAGAAGCGUUUAAUUUAUGCAAGUUUCAUGUUCCAGAUCAUUUAGAGCAAGUUGGUUUCAAUCAUAAGUACGAAUCAAUGUACAUGAGAAUUGAUCCUCAAAGCAUCGCAGAAUUGAGAGAGGUAAUGAGAUGUGCCAAAGAAAAGAUUGACAAGGAAUACACCAAUGUGUUAAGAGCCGUUCAAGGCAUCAUGAAAUCGCUCAACGAAAAAGUGGAGCUAGAGCUAAAAAGGGUGAUGAUUAUUCAACAAAACUAUUUGGCUGCUUUGGAGACCGUAGUCACAUAUAGGAUUUGCCCUAGGAUGGCGCUAUAUGGCGCCAUCCUAGGGCAAGCGAAAAUUGGCUCCACACGGGAACCGUAUUCCACGUGUGGAGCCAUUUUUCCACGUGUGGAAUCCACAUUUUUCCCACGUGGAACACAAUUCCCGUGUGGAGCCGUGUCUCCAAUUGCCCGAGGAUGGCGCAAUAUAGCGCCAUCCUCGGGCAAUUUCUAUACAUAAAAAGGAGUGGUGAAUCAACUCAACCUCCUAGCACGUGCAAUGGGGAGGCCGAGAAACCAUAUGGAAGAGAGCUUUGGCGUUCGGUAUGUAUGUCCAGCCUGGUUUUACUUGGUUUGGUAUAGAGCAAUGUCCUGGUGGCGCAUCGCAAGCUCACAUCCAGGUCAAGAUUUUACCUCAGAGGAAGAUGGAGUUGGAAUCAGUGUCCUAACAAAAGCAGUAAGAUUCUUCCUGGUCUAUCGGGAACUUUCCCAGCGCGAUAUCAGGCGUUGCGUCCUGGACUACGAAUUUUCAGCUUGGCUGAGAGGUGACCAGAAAUUUUGUUUUUCGAAAUUCCAGAAGCAAUAUCCGCUGGCGUACGGCACGGUGAGCUAAGCUUUCCGACUGCCAGGAAGCAUGCACAAGCCCAUGUCUGGCAGGAUCAAGACUUUGAAGGUCGUGGGAUGAUUGCCGGCGAGACGAGUGGAACGCUAUGGAAGGGAAUAAGGAUCCUCGGAUCUCAACAAGGAGCUUUUCUAUAAUCUAACUAAGUUAAGUAGAGACCGUAGUCACACAAGAGAGAGUGAAGAAAAAUACCGAUGUCCCUGUAUUUCAAGAAAUUUUAACUAAUUUUCAGAGGUUCAAGGAAAUGACUAAAGAAUCAAAUUGGUUUACUAUCACUUUGAAAGUAAAUGAGGUGCAUGGUCAAGCAUAGGUCGUAACCCUACACCCCCACGCCCUAAAAGUGGUACCCCCACCCCCCUAAAAAAUGGCACCCCCUCUAAAAAAUGGCACCCCCCCUUAAUAUAGCAUAAAUAUAUGACAAAUGCCAAUUUAGAGCAGACGUAAUAAAUAAAUUAUUAUUUUUAAUAUUCAAAAUUACUGAUUUAUACAAUAUCCACAUAGCGUAGCACAAUCGAUUAAGGAGUAGAUGGAAUGAGGUGAGAAUUUCCUAUAACUACUAAGCACACCACAUAUGAAAAAAUUUGUUAACAAGCAUAAUAAUGAUCUUUGGUAUUAAUUAGCAAUAUAUACUGCAUAUAUUUAUGAACUUUGUAAAACAAUGGCUAAAAGUCGAAUUAGAGAUCCAAAAGUAAAACUGACAAUAGCAAAUACUAUUUUUAUUACCACUAUUGAAUCCUGUUGCCAAUUCAGUCCUGCAAUCCUUGUACAAUGGAUCAGAUUAGCUUUAAUUUAAGAAUCAAUAAAUUUAAUGCAAGUUAUAGUAUUGUGCUUGGCUAAUUUAAUAAUUAAUGCUAUUAUCUAUAUCUUUGGCAUUAUAUUUAUAAAUGUAAAAAACAAAUUUAAUAUAUUUUUUAAUUAAUUGCUAAUUAAUUUAAAUUUAUUAAUUAAUCAUAAAUAUACAGUAAUUUGUGGACUUAAUUUAUCAAUAUAGUGUUUUAAUUGGGUUAUAUUUAAUUUAUUCUGCUUGUUUCCUAUCAAUUACUUCUACAGAAUAAACCGGAGAGGGGGGGGUGGGGUUGCCAUCUGUGAAAGGGGGGCGGGGUGGGGUUCCCUUAUUGGGAGGGUGUCUGGUUGCUACCUAUGCUUGACCAGGUGCAAGCAGCGAUAGAUAAUUUUAUAAAGCUUAAAAUCACGAGGCCAGAUCUUUAUAAGAUUGCUGGAGCGGUUGAAGGACUUGGUCAAGUGCCCAUAGAGAACGCUAGGGAAGAAAGAAAAGAAAGGAUAGGGAAUCCAAUGGACCUAGAAGCUGGAGGACCAGACUCAGAUUCAAUUCACUCAGACGAAAUGGAGGAUUUCGAUCCAAACUUUUAA